AUGAAUAUCAGGCUCAGCAGCCUACUCGCCUUUGGGCUGGUAUUAUUUCCAGCCAUUACGUCAAGCAGCCCAAUUAUUCCUCACUACUUUCGAGCAGUUGACAUCUCCAAAACAAUCACUCCGAAGCAAGUAGAAAGUGAUCUCGGCAAAAUCCUCUCCCAAGGCACUCUGAUAUUUGGCCCUUCAAGUCCCGCCUUUGCCAAUGCUACCGAGAGAUGGAAUACGCGUUCUAUGCCUGAUGACAUACAAGUUGUUAUUGAAGUAGCCCAAGAAUCCGAUGUAGCUAAAGUGGUGACAUACUGCUACCAGAAUAGCAUCGACUUCCUCGCGUAUGCCAGGGGCCAUGGUUCAACGAAUACAAUUUCCAAGUUCAGAGGCAUUGAGAUUAACCUGUCGAAGCUCACCGAAAUCACAAUCCAGCCUGACAAAAACUCGGCAUUAUUCCAAGGCGGAGUAUAUGCUGACUUGGCCAUCAAGACAAUUUGGAAUAAAGGAUACAUCGUUCCUACAGGCAGCAAUGGCUGCGUCGGCCUCCUUGGACCAGCCCUAGGAGGCGGCCUAGGUCGAUAUCAGGGCCAAUACGGCCUCAUUUCCGAUAACUUCGUCAGCUUAAAUGUUGUUCUGGCUAAUGGUUCCACCACAACGGUCAGUGCCACCUCCAACAAGGACCUUUUUUGGGCCAUGAAGGGUGCUGGCCAUAAUUUUGGCAUUGUUACCAGCGCCUACAUCAAGAUAUAUCCGAAAAAGGCCAAUACUUGGCAUUAUCAUAAUUACGUCUGGUCACAAGACAAGCUUGAGACGGUCUUUGCGGCGCUGAACAAGUUCCAGGGGAUGGGUCAGAUUCCCACACUGAUGGGCGUCAAUUUUGGCCAGUUCUCUAUCGAACCACAAAUUAGUGAAACAGAGGCUGUUAUCAUCUGGUCAUUUGCAUAUGAUGGCCCGGCUAGUGAUGCUGAAAAGCUCUUGGUUCCAUUCAACGCAAUUCCCGCCAUCUCAAGCACCAAAGGUGAUGUGUCUUACUCCGAGCUGUUAGUUGCGCAGCAAACGGAUAUAAACAGCGCAUCAUGCUUUUCACAGCCGUAUGUUGGAAGUAAUACCUGGCUUCAGACUUACAACAUCACGUCUCAGCGCGAGAUCUAUAAUCUCUUCAACAAACAAAUCGCAAAGAACCCUAGUCUUGCUCCCGGGGCCCGCGCGUUUUUUGAAGGUUAUUCUUCCACGGCCACUCAACUAAUUGACCAUGACUCUUCAUCUUACCCUCACCGUGACGAAUACUCGCUCGUCUUCUUCGCUGUUGCUUCUCCGCCAGCUUUGGAAACUUUUGCUCGAGCUUGGGCUGAUAAGACUUUGGCUAUAUGGCGUGCGGGCCAGCCUGGUCGUCGACCUGCAACGUAUGUCAACUAUGCCGUGGGAAGCGAGCCUCUCGAGUCUAUCUACGGCUAUGAUGGCCAAUUACAGCGGCUGCGGGCUCUCAAGUCCAAGUAUGAUCCUCUAAAUAACUUUAGGUGGUACAACCCAGUUAUCCCCUACAAGAAUUGA